AAUUAUUUGUGGAUUUAAAUAAAUAUUACUUAGACUACGACACUCAACCAAGUGAAAUUCAAAAGAGCUCAACAAUUAUUGGUUCAAAAAUCAUCACAGAUAAACAUGCUGAAUUAAUCUUGAAAUGGAUUAAUAGAAUGGAUGUUAAAGAUGAAUUAAAAAUUCAAUAUGAACUGAACUUAUUACUUCGUGGAUCUCGUGAUGGGUUUAAAUCUGGAAGGUUUCAUGAACUUUGUGAUAAUAAAACUCAUACUUUGACAAUCAUUAAAAUAAAAGGUGGUGACGAAAUACUUGGAGGGUACAAUCCUAUUGAAUGGAAUAAUUUAAAGUCAUUUAGUCUACCAUUUUAUAAUACUAAGGAAAGUUUUAUAUUCUCUUUUAAGGGUAAAGAAAACAUUGAAAACUGUAUUUUAAGUCGGGUAAAAGAUGUAAAUUAUGCUAUAAAACAUUGGUUUUAUAGCGGUCCUUCAUUUGGUCAGACAGAUCUUAAUAUAAAUGGAAUAUUUUUUAAUCAAUGUAAUUGUAGUUGUAAAAAGAAUUCUUAUGAAAAAGAAAUCAGAGAAACUGAAGAUUACUUUUCUAUAGAAGAAUAUGAAGUAUUUCAAGUUAAAAAAAAAAUAAACAAAAUGUAUAACAACAUGUAA